CUCUCCUCAACAGCCUCAAGAGAUGCAAUAAAUAAUCACUACGCAAUGUUAACAUCUUGUUUUGCUAAAAGCAUCAGUGACGAUGUCACUAUUCAAUCAAAUCAUCCUAGCAUUAUUAAAAAUAUCAGUUUUGGAUCAUUCAAUUGUUACAUCGGAAUGUUUAAUCCCAGUGAUGCUGUCAAAUUGGCUAGAUUACCUGAGGUUGAAAAUGUAGAAAGCGAUAAAACAAUUCGUAUUGUUUCAAAGCGAACCAAACCUCCUUCAAAUCGAACCACAACUACUCCCCUCAAUUUGGAUCGUAUUGACCAACAAAGGCGUCCAUUGGAUGGAAAAUACACUUAUCCUAGUAGUGCUGGUUCUAAUGUGAAUGUUUAUAUUGUUGAUGGAGGUGUUAAUGUAAAAAAUAAAGAAUUUGGUGGACGGGCAAAACUCGGUCCUGCUCUCUGUAAAGGUUGUUCGAAUGAUGAUAUUUUAGG